CUUUGGUUGAUGUCUCAUACGGUCUUCCUGAAGAACGCUGCUGCACUUCUCGCACAGUCUGCUGUAGUUUGAAAAGCAUUUUUACCCAAAUUCAGACCAGAAAAAGACCUCACAAUUCGCUCUUCAAGCUGUAGACGUGCCUCCCACCAACCCCCCCCACCAAACAUGGGCAAGCCUCUCAGCCGUCCGGGGUGUUUCAGGAAGAGCUCCUGCUGCCUGGAGAAACACGGCCUAGGGGAUGGGGGAGUGGGAGGCCGGGAUUUGGGGCUCGAGGGGGGUUAUGGGGAUGGUUACGUGCCUCAGAGAUCCAUUUAUGACACCAUGUGCAUAAACCAGCAGAUUGACAACCAUCACCACCACUCUGGGGGGUCGGUGAGGCGGGAUGGAGGUGGAGACGGGAGCUUUAGCUACUCCAUGAGUGGCUCUCUAAGAGUGAGCAGGUCAGACAUGUUUGAUCCUCAGCCACACUGUUUGACUCCAAAUCCGUCCUUUGUCCGGCGCCUGGAUGAGAGAGCCAUCUAUGACUCCCUGAAGCUGGGAGCAGAGGACAUAGAUGGCUGUCACCCUCAGGGCCAUUUCAACCGAUCCGUUUCUCCCUCCGUGUCCUCAUUCUCUGCACCAGGAGUGUCCUCUUCAUCAAAGAAACACCACAAUCACCACCAUCACCAUGGAGACAGCACAAAAAGCAGAGAGAGCCGUCAUUCCUGGAAAGCAAUGUCAUCUCCAAAGCCCUUGGAGUGUGUGGAGAUACCUACGCCAGAGAUGAUGGACAGAGGAGGAGGAGGCUAUCUGAAUCCAGGCCACUACCCUGCUGCAGGCCAGUCCUCCUCUCUCACCUCCCCACUCAUCUCUCCCUUCUCUGGCUCCCCUCUGUCAACAGGAUACCACACUCCCGUAUUUUUCUCUCCAGCCAAACCUCGUCCCAGUCAGAGCCAGAGCCUACGCUGCUCCCCUCCCCAAGUGAUCCAGCCAAGACAUUAUUCCCAAACCCAGAGCCUGAGGCUGUCCCCCCCACAUGAGCUCAGAAGGUCCCCCUACAGGGCCCCCCUGGUCCAACUGUCUGCUCAUGACCUGGAGCAGGACCUCAGGGAGCGAGGAAGUGGAUGGGGCCGCGGUGAACGUGACAGGGAUUGGGAAAGGGAGCGGGAACGGGAGAUGGAGCGGGGAUGGGCCCAGCGAGAGUGGGAGAGGGAGAGAGAGAGGGGAAGGCUUGAAAGGGAGAGAGCCAGAGAAAGGGAGAGAAGGGAGACAUCCACUUUCGGGACCUUUGGAUAUGGCCGACCUGUUCCUCUGCGCUCGGACCGGGACUCUGUGUUUAUAGAGUCUGACCAUGGCUUGGACACGACUCCUCUGCUGCUGCCCCAGCCCUCACCCUCACCCUCCCCCUCCCCCAGUGGGGCUCCCAGAAUGGGUACGGGAGCAGUAGGCAGGAACCGAGCUGGGUCAAAGGUCGGCCCUGAAGGUGUCGGUGGAGGGAUGUUUUCUAGGUGCGACAGCGGGAGUGUUAGUUUGAUGUUGGUGGACUGUAAGUCUGGGUGCGGGCCCAGAUUAGUCAGUGAAGUCAUAACUGGAAACAUUUCUGAAGCAGAAUUGAGGUCAGUUAACCAGGAGCACAAUCAAACAGAAAGCUGGAACAAAUUUGACAAUGGAUCCAGGUCUAGUGUAAAGAACAAACCUGAAAAGAGGAUGGGCUCCCAAGUGAAAACACGCCCUGGGGGUCGGGAUCUGGAGGGAAAAGUGCAGUCAGGGAUGGAGCAUAAAGCGGAACACAAAGGAGUAACAAAGUGUGUCGAGAAAACUGCUGGAGAUAGAGCUAGACAAGAACGUCUACCUGAACCCAAGAAAACAAGUGUCAAUGAGAAGAAUGUUGAUCCUAUUGACAAAGUUCAGUUUGAAACUACAGUCGUUCAUGAAAGCCAGCUGGAGCUUCAGCCAGCAGCUAAGAUUCACUCCCAACCAGAGGAAAAUAGGGUUGGAAUAGAGGAUGAACCUAAACUAACAUCGAAUGUUGUUUUAACAUCUGAGUCCAGAGUAGAGGCUAAACCUGACCCUAAGAUUGCUCCUGUUUCCAAGUCAGGGGAAAAGCCAGAGGCGGCGAUCAGUGACAGAGGAGUGAAAGAGAGUGAGAGUGACAGCCAGGCUGAAACUAAAGGGGAGCCUCAGCCAGGCUCCAUGGCAGGAGAUACACCUGAAACUGUCCCUGUAGACCAGGAAGGGAAAAAGCUUGAAGACACCGACACACCAAAAUCAAGUCAUGCUCUGAAAAGCUCCAGAUCCAAGUCCAAAUCAUCCAAGUCCUGCUCCAGGUCUCGACCAGGCACAGCCACAGGGAUGCGCCCAGGAGUGCUGAGCCCCAGAGAAAGCAAAAGGCUAGGAGACUUUGACUCAACUGCACCACCUGAGGGUACUGAGUUCACCUGGCCUCGCAGAGUCAUGGUCCGAAAGAGGACUGUCCGUCAGGGAGGGGCACUACACAAUCUCCCUAUCCUCCCUCCACUUCCUUCUGUGCUGUCAGCACUGGAGAAGAGGCAUCCACACCUGCGCCACGGUUCAGAGAACCCCUUAUCGAAUCUGAUGAAUCCCAUUGUAGGACGAUGCUCACUGAGGGAGCCGGCUCACCCGGAGCCAGGACAGGGCAGCGGUUUGGUAGGCCGAGCCUCCCUUAGGGAGCAGAACUUGGAGCACUGGAGGGUCUGCAGAGAGCAAGAGGAGCCCAGGAGAUCCAGAAGUCGUGACAAACGAGUGGAGCAGAAUAAGGAGAAGGCAGAGAAAGAGGAAAAGAAAGAAAAGGAAGAGAAGAAAGAAGAACCACUGAAAAAUGAGAAGGAAGCUCCAUUGGACAUCAAACAAGACAAGGUGGAGAUGAAUGUGGAGGAAAAAAAUCUGCAAAAUAAUUUGAAAAACAAGGAAAAGGAAAAAGAAGUGGAUCUAGAAAUAGUGUCUGAAAAAUUGGAUGAUAUAGGAAUACAAAUUAAAGUUGGUUCAAAAGAACUACAGGAGCAAGAAAAUGAGGCAGAAAGCAAACUAAACAUAGAAGGUGAGGCAGAUGGAAGAUACAGAACGAAUCCUGCAGUGGAAGGAGGUGUGGAGGGUUGGGACGAUGUUCUUGACAUGGUCAACACUCUUUGGGAUGACAGCUGGGAGAAACGUGAAGCAGGUGGAGAAGAUGCAGAUUCCCCUCUAGGCUCCCUGCAGUGUUGGCCUCUCCUCCGGCCUCCCAUCGGCUUUGGGGGCUCUCACCCUCCCUCCUCAGCAGCCUCUGAGCUCAGUCUCACAGAGCUGGAGAGGAGGGCCCGGGAGCUGGACUCUGACCUCGAACACCUGGAUCUAUCAGAGCCUCACAAAGAUUUAUACCAGACACCGGUGGAACCAGGGAGGGAACGAGCCGACAUGUACCAAACACAUCCUGGGCCCCAAAGAGACAAGACCCCCCUUCACACAGGAGUUAGCAGCAGAUCCCAGGUCAGUUUGGAGCUAAAUGUGAUGGCUUCCACCCCGACUGACACUGACAGGACAACGAGUGACUGGUCUAAAUCUGCCAGCACUCCCACAGUGGGACCGAGGGAGUCCGACUCUGAGAGUUCUGGUUCUGGGCCGGUUGAUGUCUCAUUCCUGGGUUGUGGCUCUGUGGCAGGGGACAGUGACUGGGACUCGGACCUGUCUGACUCAGAUCCCAGUCGUUCCUCCAGAGUCUCAGCCGGGGGCCUAAAAUGUGCUGGAGCAGGACGCUCCAAGAGAGCGCCAGCCGAGUCGGACUGGGACAUGUUCGGAGAUGCUACUGAACCCGAAGUGCUGGGAGAGCUCUUUCUGGAUCAGGACAGAAGCAGCAACGGGAAAACCGGGCAGAUCACCAACAGGCCGGCAGCAGCUGAAGCUGCAACAGAAAGUUGCUCCGAGUCUCCAACCCUGAAGACGGAGACGUCCUUAGAGCAGAUGUCCACAUCAAAGAAGGUGACCUGGCAGUUCAAACCGGCCCAGAGGUCCGUCUGCACCGGAAGCAGGAAGGAGAAGGAUCUGCCUAGAUUACCAGAAACGGGUGGAGGUGACGGCCACAGACCCUCCCCUUCAUCCUCAUCAUCUUCGUCUCCAUCUUCAUCGUCCUCAGGCUGA